GUCACCCGAUGGGAAGCCGCAAAGCGGGGCGAGGGGCGCCGCUAGCGCGCAUGUGUCGAGCUCUUUCCACUGAGACGAUCCGAAUCCCUCCCUCUCAGUUAAUUUACAGCCGUCGCGAGUGCUUACCGUGCCGACAUGUACCGCUCGCCAACUUUCUCGAUUAGUGAUGUGAUACGAUAUCGAAAUGUAGAUGCGACGCAUGACUAAAAUUUAUUAGUUUUGACUUUUUGGAUUAAAUGCUAAAAAGUGACAUAUUAAAUGUGGAACGUUGACUAACGGAUAUGUUAUAGUGAAAGUAAUCAGAACGUAAGUUGGAUUGGAAUCAAAAUGAAGUGGUUUAUAGUGACAAUGAGUGUGAUGGUGUGGGAAACAACUUUAGCUGGUAUAGCGCCAGCUGGAUCUUGCCCUGCAGUGUGUAUGUGUAAAUGGAAAGGAGGCAAACAGACAGUUGAGUGUGUGGGUCGAGCUCUUAUCACAGUGCCAGAACCCGUUGACCCUGCUACUCAAGUUCUCGACUUAUCAGGGAAUAAUUUACAAAUUCUUCCCCAGGAAGCCUUUGCUAGAACGGGGCUUGUUAAUUUACAACGUGUAUAUCUCCGUAACUGUAAUAUAGGCCAAAUACAUGACCGAGCAUUUAAAGGUCUUACAAAUUUGGUGGAGUUAGAUCUCUCUCACAAUUUACUUACACAAAUACCAUCAAACAGUUUUAAAGACGCCCCUUUUCUCAGAGAUUUGACUAUGGCUCAAAAUCCAAUUCUUAAAGUACAUUCGGAUGCUCUUAGUAAUCUUGGCAGCGUAGUGAAACUUGAUUUGUCUAAAUGUGACAUUAGAGAUAUAGCGGCAGACUCAUUUAGUAAUUUACGGUCAUUAGAGUCAUUAAAGUUAAAUCAUAAUAAGCUUCGCGAUUUACCUCUGAGUUCGUUGGAGCGAGUAGAGAAACUGAGAGCUAUAGAUUUAUCUGAUAAUCCUUGGACUUGUGAUUGUCGAUUACGAGAGCUUAAAAUGUGGCUGACUAAACAUAAGCUACUAUCGACGCCGACUUGUUCAGGUCCGACACGGUUAGCAAAUCGACCGUUUUCGGAAUUACCAAUAGAAGAGUUCGCUUGUAAACCUGAAAUAUUACCGAUAAGCCGUCAUAUUGAGACCGAAGUUGGAGAAAAUGCCACAAUUACAUGUAAAACAGAAGCUAUACCGAGCGCUAACAUUAACUGGUAUUGGAAUGGGCGAUUACUUCAGAAUGGAAGCCAUUUUAAUUCACAUCAAAAAGUUUAUAUAUUUGAAGAAGGAGACUCAAGAAAAAGAUCAUCUUUGGUGCUUACUAACACACAAGAAUCUGAUUCGAGCGAAUUUUAUUGCGUAGCAGAUAAUAAAGGUGGAAAUGCCGAAGCUAAUUUUACAGUACAUGUAAUGCAGAAGCCAGUAGGAAUGCCUUUGGGGAGCGCACAAAUAGCAAGUUUGGGAGCUGCUUUGUUUUUGGUUGUGAUUAUUGUCUCUUUGGCUCUUCUUAUUACUUUUGUUCGAUUUCGCCCUGUACCUGCUUGUGAAAGUAAGACUCCAAAUACCUUGGAUCGAGUCGUAUCUGGAAAUGAAGUACAUCCUGCUACAACAGACAGACCGCACGUAGCUGUAUUGGCUAAUAGACAAGAAUCUCCCAAUUAUAAUGAUACAAAAUGUAAUCCUGUAUCUAAGCCUCCACGGGUGAAUGACAUACCAUAUACUACAAAUCAUUAUGAAGGAAGAGGCAGUAUAGUAACUUCUGGUGGACCAGUUGUUGUUUCUCCAACAGUAUCUGCGACUAUUGAUCCUGAUCUUAUCAAUGAUACGAGGCCGGAGAGUGUUGCUCGACCAGGAAGCGGCGAAUAUGCACGAGAGGCUUCCGACUCGUUGUAUCCAUCAGGUCUAUGGGAUCAAAUGAAGAUGAAUCAGGCCAGCAAUUUGUCUAGGGCUGUAAGUUCAGCUAUACCUGCAUAUUACACAGAUCGGACGCCGAUUAUUGAAAAUUGUAGUGUGGAUGGUUCACAAGAAGAACUAGGCUUCAUGAGUCGUACAUUUCCGCGUUCUCAUGCGGUGACAACGGCGUCACCGGCAUCGUCAGGCGAUGGACCAUAUCCUCCCGAUUACGGGCUACCAGUGGGCGGCGCGCGCACACUGCGAGUCUGGCAACGGGCGCCCCCAGUGCUUCCACCAGUGUCAGCGUUAAAACGCGUUCUUACCAUCACCAGGCCCUCAACUGAGGAGGGUUUUCAGGAUGGCUGUGCUACUGACGUUUAGAUUAUAUACGUACUGUUUACAUAUCUAGAUGACAUGUCACCUUGUACAUUUGUAUUUUAAGCUAGCAUUCAUCUAUACGUACGGUAUAUAUAAUCUAUACCUACACAGGUUGUUAGUGUAAUAUUUUUUGUAUCAUAUAAUUUAUUUAGAAAAUUAAGUAAUGGAAUGUUACAUUGGAUCCAAAUGUUAAGGAUCUACGACUGAUUAGUUGAGGAAUGUAAGUGUAAAAUAAUACGUGAUAUGGAGUGGUAUUGUUUAUGAUCGCCAAAUAAUUUAAAUACUGAGUACGAAAUAUAUCUCGAUUGUUGAAAUUCAAAUAGGAUGUUACACUAUAAUAUAAUUAUUAUUAAUAACUAAUGUGUGAGCAACGCUUGCACAAAAGAAAUAAAUAAUUACCCAAAGAUAUACAAUUCCCCCUGAAAGUAAUAUAAAACUAUAUUACUCUAAUUGUAUUGCACGAUCAGUGUUCUUUGAUGUACGAUAAUAAAUGUGUAAAUUUUAUGUUUGAAAAAAAUAAGAGUAAUAGAUAAUGAAGAAAAAUAAACAAGGCGAUUGUGAAAAUGUA